AUGGUCAGCAUAAGAUGGCAUAAUGAGGAGCAAGCAAAAUCAGUGUGCAUACCCUCAUCACAACUGAUGAGCUCGUUGGAGAACGUAAGACCAGGUAUGAGACCGCACUUCCUGAGCCGAAAGACGGGCACACGAAAGAAUCCAAGGAGAAGAUAUUCGUACUGGGCAGAAUCCUUGAUAUAG